AUGGCUUUCGUUGGAGAUCUUUUCUUCCCUCAGAUGGAUGCAACCCCCACCGAGUGGGUUGACUUUGAUCAAUUCCUUGACCUUCCUGCCGGGUACGAGGAGGUGUCGCCCUCGGACACUACCAUCUCCCCCCAGGACUUGGCUCUGCCCUACGCAGAUGAUCAGAGCUUCAUGUUUACUCCUUCUCCCUCUCGAGCUCCGCAAACCAACUGGACAGGUGCGACCAACUACCACCUGCCCCAGGAGGAUGUGAUGGGCUACUCGAUGGAUGGAGGAUACAUGCCCGACCCCGCUGCGCCUUUGUUUGACGAUGCUUCCUUCUCGGGGUACAACCCAUAUGACAGCAGCAUGGCAUUCCGAAGUCUGGUGGAGGCGCAGGCUGCAGCAGAUCCUCGCGUCGCUUCUAUCAAGGAGAAGCGCCGUGAAGCAGCAAUCGCAUUACACCUCCAGCGCCUAUGUGAUGCCACCGCUCUUGAUCUAGACAUGUCAUCGGACUCCAAUACUAGCUUUUCGUCCCCAAGCUGGUCCGACUACAUGCGCGAAAGUACAUCCCCCCAACCCGCGCGCCCCAGCCGGGAAAACACAUCUGCCCCCGAGGCAUCUCCUCCAGGGGCCAUGGAGAUGAUCCUGGACCUCAACAUGAACGCUACUGCCAACGUUCCGAAAAAGCAAAAGCCUCGUUCUCAGGCACAGAAAGAGAACUACAUCAAGGCUCGGAAGUAUGGUGCUUGUGAGAAGCACAAGAAGCAACACAAGCGAUGCAACUGCCUUGAGAAGGCCGCUGCCAUUGCUGGAGUCACUGACGUACCGAUGAAUGCCGCGUUCCAAGAAAGGCCGAGGCAGCCAAUGCUUCACGCGCCAGUCCUUCCCGAGGCGCGCUAUUCGGGAGCUGUGGGACACGAUCCGUUACUCAGUUCACCUCAGGCACUCCCGACGGUCAAGGCUAUUAGGAAGCCGGCAAGCACUUCUGCGGGACAUGAUCCGUCUAUGAGACUACCGGUUGAGACCCCAUCCACCGCAGGAUGUCUCCAAACGGCCAAGGUACCAAAGAGCACCCUGCCUGCACAAAAUAUCGCGACAUCUUGUUCGAAGAAUACUCCGCCGGGACACGAUACAGUUCUUGUAUCUGGCAAGCCAACGUCCAAGACUUCAUCGGGUCACGAUAUCAUUCUAGUGACGGGAAAGACCGUUGCGAAGAAUAUUUCACCGGGACACGACAGAGUUGUUGGAUCUGGAAACCAACAUUUCCAGAACUCAUCGGGACACGACGUUGUUCUCAACUCGGGAAAGAGUGCUCAGCAGAGCACAUCAUCGGGACACGAUAUCGUUCUCCGAGACGAGACGAAAUCAAGUUCCUCCCCGACGUCACGGUCAAACCGCGUGUCUCGUGGCAAGUCGAGCUUCAGGUGGCGUGUAUCGACGCUCGCGUCGAUUGGUGGUUUGACCACCUCCCUGGCGAACUACAACGGGUGUCGUCCAACCCAUCAACCCCUGGCCAGGUCAGUCAUCCUUCACUGGAUGUACGUCCCAGGGUCACUCGGUCAUCUCGUCCCGUGGAAAAUGCUUCUGUCUCUUCGACAAACGUACCAGGUACACUUCAAGAACCGAUUCCAAUGGCUGUUGCCAGAACACCAAGGUUCAGCCAAUCUCCACUGGGAUCUCGAAACUCUGGAGUUAUGA